AUGGACAAGAUACAAUCUGAUUGCCCUUAUCCUGGAUGCUUCUUUUGUGUUAUGAAGGAGGCAAACCCUAGUAAACGAAGAGCAAGUGUGCUAAAGUUCUUUAGGGAACUUCCUUCCCAAGAUGAUGAUGGUCAAGUUCUCCCUAUUAGUGGUCUCUGGAACACGGCGAUGGCUCACCCAAAUGAUCCCGAGUUCAUCAACUUGGGCAUAUUUGAAUGCAUGGCAGCUCUUAUAUGGAAAGGGUUGAAAAACAGGCGUUGGCUUGCACAUGAUCAGAAUAUUUACAUCCCAUAUUAUGCAGCUCACAUAAUCGGAUCAUACACAAUGAAUAUGGAGGAGUUUGCAGAGCGUGCUGUUCGUGCUGGUGUAAUACCUCCAUUAGUCGAACUGUUAAGAGUUGCCGAUCAUGGGGAAGUACUUGAACUUGCCAUUCAACUUGCUUCGAGCUCCCUAGAGAUUGUGUACUCUCACUUUUACCAGUUUGUGGAUCGAAGACUUGGCUACCAUUGCGACCUUCUUACUCGUGGCAUGGGUGGUGUGGAAAUGGAAUCCCGCAAAGCUGAGGAAUGGGCAAGUCAACUGCAGUGCUGGUCUUUGCAACUCAUUAACUGCUUUGCAUUUAAGCCUGAAUUCCUCCAUGAUACUUGCAAGCCUGAUUUUCUAGUCAAGUUACCUGGAAUGUGGGGUGGACUUGUAAAUGAGAACUCGCCUGCUGGUGUUGGUUUGCUAAGAACAAUCUGCCAGAGCAAAGUUGGCCGAGGUCAUGUUGCUAACAUUCCUGGUACUAUUGAUACUUUAUGUAACAUUGCUCGUUCUUCAGAUGACUGGCAAUACAUGGCAGUUGAUUGUCUGAUCUGGUUAGUGCAGGAUGCAAGUACUUGUCAAAAGGUUAUAGAUAAAGUUGCGCCAACACUGAUAGACUUAGCAGAUAUUUCGACACUGAGUGAUUAUAAAAAGCUUGGUGACACAAUUGUCACAGUCCUCCAAGAAUGUAUGCAACAGAGUGGGAACUCACGUGGUGCAAUCAGUGCUCAGACCAAAGCAGAAAUUGAUGAGCUUUUGAGAUCCAAGAAAAGUUUGAAAUUGGAAAAGAGUAUGCCAAAGGAGGACCUUCAUAUAAAACAAGCUGCAGCAUUGGUUGUCAAGUUGGAAGGCAAUUCACUGUUCUCUGCAGGGAACAUUGCAGGAGCUGCGGAGAAAUACUCUGAAGCACUUGCGCUAUGUCCAAUGAAAUCUAAGAAAGAGCGGGUGGUUCUUUACAGCAAUCGAGCUCAGUGUUACCUUCUCCUGCAGCAGCCAUUGGCUGCCAUAAGCGAUGCUACUCGAGCAUUGUGUCUUCAUAGCCCUGUGAAUCGUCAUGCCAAGAGUUUGUGGAGAAGAGCUCAAGCAUAUGAUAUGCUUGGUUUUGCAAAAGAGAGCUUGUUGGAUGCAAUCCUUUUCAUAAACGAGUGCUCUCAGUCAAAUGAUCCUGACUUAUCCCUGAAGCAAAACAAAGUUCCUGAUUAUGCUGAGCGAUUGGUGAAGAAGCAGAUGCGUGCCGCUUGGCUAUUCAGGGAAGCAGCUCUGAAGCAUGGGGGUGUCCAUUGUGAAGGAGAUGCUAGCGAUGCGUUUGGUCAAGAGGCUGAUGACUCUGAGUGGGAAACAGCUAGUGAAAGCGAUGCUGAGAAUGAUGCCACAGGAGAAGCAGAUGAUGAAACUGAAUGGAAGGACGAUGGCCACCAGGAAGAUUUCUGUGAGAAAAGCUGA